AUGAAAAAGAUAACUCAGUAUUUCCUCCUCUUUCCCAUUCUCCUCCUCACCCUACUCUCACAUCAGGCAGCUGCCCAGGCAGCUGCCCCCGUGCUCGACACAGAUGGGCAGGAGGUCCAGGCUGGCGUCCCAUAUUACAUUAAAUCCGUCAUCUGGGGCGCCGGUGGCGGGGGGCUCACCAUGUCCGACGUCCGCAACCUCACGUGUCCGCUCGACGUCACCCAGUCGCGAAACGACUUCGUGUGGGGCCUCCCAGUGAUCUUCCACCCGGCCAACUACUCGGACGAAAUCGUCCGCGUCUCGACCGACCACAACUUCGAGUUCGACGCCGUCACCGUCUGCGUGUCGAGCAACGUGUGGAAGCUCGCGUUCGACAACUCCAUCCUGAGGUUCUACAUCACGACGGGCGGGGAGCUCGGGAACCCGGGCAGGUGGACGCUCAACUACUGGUUCAAGAUCGAGGCGCAAGGUAGCAACUAUAAGCUCGUAUUCUGCCCGACGGUUUGCCCCACGUGCAGGCCCGUGUGCGGGGACCUGACCAUCUAUUGGGACGGGCGUUAUAGGCGGCUGGUGAUGGCGCAGGCGGACGAGGUCCCGUUGACGGUUUUUUUCAGGAGGGCGGAGGAGGAGUCGGGUAAGGGAACCGUACUGUCCGGGAGUAGGGCGGAGGAGUGA